UUAAUAAUUCGUAUAUAUUUCCAUAGCAAAUAUUAAAUGAUGAAAAUUUAAUUUUUUUCUCGAUAUAAAUUUUGAAAGUUUUGAAAUUUUCUUCGCUUUAUUUUCAAGCUCUGGAUCUAUAUCGAUACCACUUUAUAGAUAUUAAAAAAAUAGCCUAAAUCUAUAAACAUGAAUGUAUAUAUCUUCUGAGGUUUUUCGACGAAAUAUUUUCAAUCGAUCAAGAUAAGUCGAAAGAGUCGAGCAAGUCGUCGAAUAGCGCGAGAAAACGUUAAGAACGAAUCGAAUCCACCGAAAACUCUUUAACGUCUGUUCCCAUGCAAAAUGUUAAUUUUGCUGAGCUUACAGGUAUUGAGCGAAUAUUAAAUGUCUUGUUAAGAAAAAAAAAAAAAAAACGAAAGAACAGAGUAGAAAAAAAGUCUCAAAUCAAAAAUCAAACCCAUCACUUGUUUCCUUUCUACAUUUUUUUUUUUUUCAACUCGAAAAGAAUACAGGUAAAGGAUACGGUUUACAUGAAUGUCUUCCUCUAGAUAGUUUUUAACCUUUGUUUGUUUACAUAUUUAGAAGCAUACACCAAUCAAUUUCAAUAAUUAAUAACAAAAAAUAAAAUUUUAAAAUCAUUUUAAACUUUUUAAAGAUUUUAUACAAAUUAACAAUUGCUCGAAAUUAAUUGUUGGCCGCGCAUAAUUCCUUCGUUAUAUAUGUUUCAUUAUAUGUUUUUCAUUUAAAUCGAACAAAUAACUAUCGAGAAAUUAACUAUUUGAGAUAGAAUAUGAAAGGAUUGUUGGAAAAGCCAGAUGUAAAUCACGAAAGAUAAAUCCGUCGCAUCGUGGAAAGUCGACUUGCGUACGAUAAGUAGCAAAUUACAUGAUAGUAUGGAUGCGCAUGAGUAUUUUUAAAUACAGAGUCCUUUCUCUCUCUUUCUCUCUCUCUCUUUCCAAAUGAGACCCUUUUCUCUUUCUCUCUCACUCUCUCUCUUUCUCUUGGUACCGAGAUAGCCGUUCGAAUUAUGAAAUCGUUACAUCGUGCGAACGACUGAUGCAGAAACGUGCAGCCAUUGAACAUCCUAUCAGAACAUUCUCAAAGGUACAUUGGUUCAAACUCGAGAAAAACUUUAAAUGCUUACUUUCAAACAGGGUAACCUGGCCAUUCACCAACGAUCAACUACGAAAGGACAACGACCUUCUUCCACGACAUCUUUCGCUUUGUCGUUCAUCCGAGUUCGAAGUUCGAAGAACGACAUCUAGAUGGUGAUUCAAUCGGUUAGUCGAUCAAGAGAGAGAUGAUUCAGGUCAGAUCCGAUGAUCUCUGAAUCCGGAUCUACUCUGAUCAGAGAUCGAGAUCAAUCAUGAAAAAAAUCAAUGACCGAAUCGUCACAUCCAACUACCGGGCAUACACGGAAUGCGAAUGGGUUUGGUGCGAAAGGACGGAAUAAAAGGAUUUUCUGGUUAAUGAUUCUUGGCACGUGGCAUUGCACCGGUGAAAAGUUAUCUCCUGAUCAAAAAGCACCUCUGUUUGCUCGAGGUUCUGGUGGACUGAUCUUGAAUACGCCUUUCGAGGACAAUAAAGCCAGGAAUCGUCCGAUUUCAAAUGUAAAUGCACCGGUGGACAACGUGCAAAAAGAGGAAACAGAAAUGCUGAAAUUAGUGGAUGGUGAAUUAGUGCGAACUGUAAAAGGAAGUUUCUCUUAUAAUAGCCCCGAAGGUCUUCCUAUUUCUGUUAAAUACGAGGCUGAUGAGAAUGGAAAUAGAGCCAGCUUUAAGUUUGGUACCGGCGCCGCAAAUGGUGGUAAUCGUCCUUCCUUUAAUUCUAAAUCUGAAACUGGACGUGGUCCUGGACCUGGACCUGGAGAUAAAAAUGGUCCUAGUUCAUACCUACCACCAACUACGAAAAAAGAUGUUGAUAGAAGCUAUCUACCACCACAAUAGAAUUAUUAUUAGCUUUUUCUGAUUACACUUGUAAUGAACCUUCAAUGCUUUAAUAUUUUGGAUAAAAUUUUUUUUUGUUAAUCUUAUAAUUCAAAAGGUAAAUUUUGAAUUAUAAAUUUUUUCUCACAAUUCUUUAACAUCAUGAUCUCUUAAACAAAAAUUCUAUCCAUACUGCUAUCCUUCUUAAUUACUUUAUACAAUUUAUCGAUCAACGCAAUAACAUAGAUGCUUUUAAAAUAAGUCAAUAAUCAUCUUAUGAUCUUAAAAUCAAUUAAUUUUCAGAAACAUGAUUGUUAAUAUAUGUAUUACUCGAAUAUUAUCUUUCUUUCAUAGAAAAUAUUUUCUAUUCGAGCAAUCGCAAAGUAGUUAGCAAUGUAUUAUUAAAUAUAUUAAAUUUUUAUAAACUAAGAAAUAAAAUAUAUUUUUUCACAGA